GCAGGAGGUAGGAUGCAGGAGCUGCGUCUGCUGUGCUGGGCGGUCCUCCUGGGCCUGGUGCAGACCUGUCCUGAGCCCUGUGACUGCGGGGAGAAGUAUGGCUUCCAGAUUGCCGACUGUGCCUACCGUGACCUGGAGGCCGUGCCAGCUGGCUUCCCCGCCAACGUGACCACGUUGAGCCUGUCAGCCAACCAGCUGCCAGGCUUGCCUGCGGGUGCAUUCAGGGAGGUGCCCUUACUGCAGUCGCUGUGGCUGGCACACAACGAGAUCCGCACGGUGGCCGCCGGUGCGCUGGCCUCUCUGGGCCAUCUCAAGAGCCUGGACCUCAGCCACAACCUCAUCUCUGACUUUGCCUGGAGCGAUCUGCACAACCUCAGCGCCCUCCAGUUGCUCAAGAUGGACAGCAAUGAGCUGACCUUCAUCCCCCGAGAUGCCUUCCGCAGCCUCCGCGCUCUGCGCUCGCUGCAGCUGAACCACAACCGCUUGCACACGCUGGCCGAGGGCACCUUCACUCCACUCAUUGCGCUGUCCCACCUACAGAUUAAUGACAACCCCUUCGAUUGUACCUGUGGCAUCGUGUGGUUCAAGACGUGGGCCCUGACCACGGCCGUAUCCAUCCCAGAGCAGGACAACAUCACCUGCACUUCGCCCCAUGUGCUCAAGGGCACCCCGCUGAACCGCCUGCUGCCGCUGCCUUGCUCGGCGCCCUCAGUGCAGCUCACCUAUCAGCCCAGCCAGGACGGUGCCGAGCUGCGGCCCGGCUUCGUGCUGGCACUCCACUGUGAUGUGGAUGGGCAGCCAGCCCCCCAGCUUCACUGGCACAUCCAGACGCCCGGCGGCACCGUGGAGAUCGCCAGCCCCAACGUGGGUGCUGACGGGCGUGCCCUGCCUAGUGCCCCGGCAGCCAGCAGCCGGCCGCGCUUCCAGGCCUUUGCCAAUGGCAGCCUGCUUAUCCCCGACUUUGGCAAGCUGGAGGAGGGCACCUACAGCUGCCUGGCCACCAACGAGCUGGGCAGUGCAGAGAGCUCAGUGAACGUGGCACUGGCCACGCCAGGUGAGGGUGGCGAGGAUGCGCUAGGGCGCAGGUUCCACGGCAAAGCGGCCGAGGGUAAAGGCUGCUACACGGUUGACAACGAGGUGCAGCCGUCGGGUCCCGAGGACAACGUGGUCAUCAUCUACCUCAGCCGUGCUAGGGGCCCUGAGACUGCAGCAGCAGGAGAAGGGGUCCGUGGGCAGCAGCCCCCAGGCCUGCUCCUGCUGGGCCAGAGCCUCCUCCUCCUCCUCCUCCUCCCUUCCUUCUAGCCCCACCCCCACCGGGCUGGGCUGGAGCAGCCCCAGGGCCUCCCAGAUUCCUCCCCCUGACUCUGCAGAUGUCCCUUAUAAGUGCUGCAGGGGUGGGGGCUGGGGGGUGGCAAUUCCUGAGGCCUGCAUGGGAGCUUCAUAUCUUCCUACCUCCCCUUUGCAUUUCUUCUGGAACAUUUGCCACCCCAACUUCUAGCCUUGCUCAAAGCUGGUGACUUGUACAGAAUUUGAUCCCAUAACUCACCGCCUGCGGUGCUAAUUGCUGCUAACCACAUUGCCCAUGCUCCCUGUCAGGGCAGCAGGCUAACGGGGCAAUGCCCUGACCCCCUGGGUGAUGCCUCCCUGAUGGACUCCAGGCCCUGGGCCUGACUGACAGGCUGGCGAAGGCUGGGAGCGGAGGGUUGCAGCUUGGCAGGGAGGUAGCUUGAAGCAGACAGGGCACAGGAGAGAGGAAUAGGAUGUAGGGGCAGUGGCUGGCAUGGCUCUGAGGCACUCGGUGACCUGCUUGAGCUCCUGCUGUCCCUUGGUGUUCUCUGACGACUUGGGGGUUCAGGAGUCUGCCCUCAUCUCAG